AUGGUGCAGCUGAGCCCGCCCGCGCUGGCGGCCCCCGCCGCCCCUGGCCGCGCACUACUGUACAGCCUCAGCCAGCCACUGGCCUCGCUCGGCAGUGGGUUCUUCGGGGAGCAUGAUGCCUUCCCUAUGUUUGCCACCAACAACCGAGUGAAGAGGAGACCCUCCCCUUAUGAGAUGGAAAUUACUGAUGGUCCCCACACCAAAGUCGUAAGGCGCAUCUUCACCAACAGCCGGGAGAGAUGGCGGCAGCAGAAUGUGAACGGGGCCUUUGCUGAGCUCCGCAAGCUGAUUCCCACACACCCCCCAGACAAGAAGCUCAGCAAAAAUGAGAUCCUCCGCCUGGCCAUGAAGUACAUCAACUUCCUGGCCAAGCUGCUCAAUGAUCAGGAGGAGGAGGGCACCCAGCGGGCCAAGCCUGGCAAGGACCCUGUGGUGGGGGCUGGUGGAGGGGGUGGUGGAGGAGGGGGCGGUGCACCUCCAGAUGACCUCCUGCAGGAUGUGCUGUCCCCCAACUCCAGUUGUGGCAGCUCUCUAGAUGGGGCAGCCAGCCCAGACAGCUACACAGAAGAGCCUGCACCCAAACACACGGCCCGCAGCCUUCAUCCUGCUAUGCUGCCUGCCACUGAUGGAGCCGGCCCUCGGUGAUGGGUCUGGGGCCAUCAUGGACCAGCUAGGAGGGCACUUUUAAGCCUCUGGGACUAUGGGCUUCAGGGCAGGCAGGCGAAGAUUGGGCAACUCUGAAGCAAGGCAAUGGACUCGAUGAGCUUUCUUUGAUGGCUGAACUUUGGGAAGCCCAAACUACCCCUGGGGCUGGCUUUCUCGUUUCCUGCCUCAGUAGGAGAACAGAAAAAUGGAGCAAAGUGGUAGGUACUUUUUAUGAAGACGGCACGGUCUUCCCCCUUCCCCAAAUCCCUAAGACUUCUUAAGAGGCUCUAGUGGCACUGCUUUUGGCCUGGAGCUUGGGAGCCCUGUUUUUGCUGAGACCUAGGGUUGUCAGCUCUCACCUGAGGCUUUCAGCGGCCUCUGCAUUGCCUUUAGCCUCUCCCAAACUGGCUGGGGUGGCUUUUGUGGCCACUCUGUCCCAAUAUAUAGGUACCCAAUAGCUGCCCGUUUCAUGAGCCCCAUCUUCAUCCAGGCCCACGUUGGUCCAUCCAGCUUGCCAGCUGCUGCAGAGUCACAAGCCUUGAGGUGCCUUCUUCAGGGCCUGGCUGAAGGAGAUGGCCAGUGGACCACCUGCUCCUGACUAGCUGGGUCAGAGGGUUGGAAAACACAGUAGCUCUUAUUUCUUGCCCUGGAGAUCGAAACUCUUCUUUCUCUUCACUGAAACUUGCCUUCCUAAUCCUUGUGGUUGUGGGGACCAAGUCUACAGCUGUGAGCUUGCCCUUUGGGCUUUGUGUGAAGGCAGAGAAAGGAAAAAUGAUUAGAGGAAAUUGAGCAAGAGCUAUUUGGGGCACAUGGGAUUCAAAUUCUGGUGGUGUCUCAGAGCUACCUGCCUAUAUUUUUAGCUACACAUCACUGUCCACGUGGUGAGCAAAUGCCAGUGUGCUGAUGGGCACGUGUUGGUUCUGAGUGUAGAUGCGAGCCCCAGCUGUGCAUUCUCCUAGAUGCUCAGAGAGACCUCCCUGCUGCAGGAUGUCUGUUUGCUGAUGGUCUAGUCUGUGUUCUGAACUGAACUGAGCACAAACUCUGACCUAGGAAUUCCUGGCACUUGGGAUUUUUUUCCCCCCCUGGCACUGGGAUUUUUGCUUGACUACAGUGAUUGGUGGGAUCUUUAGGUUUUGAUAUGACCCAGGAUCCAGCCCCAAUCCUAGGACAUGGGGAAUCCACUCAGAGACCAGGCCCUGGCUGAGACCCAAACAUACGCACAUUCACUUAGCAGAAUCUUAAACACCUCUCAAUUGUGCAGCUUUCCGUCAUCACGGGUAUGUGUGGGAGGCUGGCUUAAAGCAAUAGAAGCGCCCCCCCUCCAAAAGUUGUACAUGACACUUUUGUAAAUCAAAUCCUUAUUCUUCAUCUUUUAAAGAAAUAUUACUACAAGUCCUUUUGUAAGUGAAGAAUCCUUUUGUAGAGUGGACCAUUGCCCGCUCGUUGAUCUCCUGUGUCAAUCCAGAUGGUGGGACGUGGUUUUCUUAAGGCUAGGCCCACUUGUGAACUGCGUUUCAAGCCCAUGGAACAAGCUGCACAGAAGUCCUACCUGUUAUCAUAAGCUCAAGUCACCCAGCCAUCUCCCCUCAGGCUCUGCCUUCGAGGUCAGAGGGGUGCAAACAUGUGGCCCUUUCCUGUCCGUGGUGACAUGGAAGAACCAGCACUGUGGCUAUUUGGAAAUACCCUUACACACUUUGGGUUUCAGCCCAGGGCUUCCCUUGCUACGACGGGGCCUCGACCUCGAAUACAGCUGUGUGCAGACAGGGAAUGCUCCCUGAUCCUCUCCCCUUUUAAAUUUGAGGUCCAGUUCAUAGGGAUGGGAGCAAUAUGGUUAACCCUUGUAGUGCUGUGACUCUCCAUCCCGUGUCAGCCCUCAAAAUUAUACUUUGAUGAACAUGAUGAUGGGUUCCUCUCCAGUGCUUGGAAGCCUUGUUAGGAGUCUCAUCUGUCUGAAGAUGCAGCAUCUGUCCUGGGUCCUAAGGCUGUGUUGCUUCCCAGUGGAUUAGUCUGACUUGGGAGUGAAAGGCGGCCACUGUGUGAGUGGUUGGAUGGGUGUUAGGAGAUGGAUCGCACAUUCCAUCAGGAACUCAAGCUUCUGGCUCCCUCUUCUCUCAGACUCCCUGUGUGACCUGGACAAAUGAUCUUUCUGUCACUGUGUCAUCAAUACUCUGGCUUGCCUGUCUCCUAGGGCUGUGGUGUGAACUGAGUGGAAUCAUGAAAGUGGAAGCAUUCUGAGACCAUAAAGAACUCUGUUGCCCUUAAUAGCAAUCCUGCAGUGGGGUUUCCCACCCUGAGUCCAGUGGGCCAGUUUGCCCGACUGCACAGCAUUUGGGUAACUUAGGUUCUAAACCACUUUUGCCUGAGUUAUCUAGAUUGUCCUCAUUUCUCCAGAUUGACCUCAUUUCUGCCUUAUUCUAAGGCAAGGUACAGGAGUGAGAAUGGAAAAGAGAUAUGGGAACAUGGGCAGAAUAUGUAAAAUGUAGUGCAGCUACCCAAAAUGGGUCUGGAUAGGGAAGCACAAAGCUCCAGGUCUUUGUAAGAACUAGAGAAGAUCCAUACUUUUUAUUCUCAUUUCCAACACCUUUCCCCAACACCAUACCUUUCUCCUUCCUUUGCCUCCUCCUCACCCAUGAAGAAAUGGCAACAUUCCAAGAAUAAUAUCUGUACAAAAGGGAAAAUGUUAAAAAAAAAAAAAAAAAAAGCCAUGAGAACAAAGA